UUUUCGCAUUUCUCUUUACAAAAAUUGAUUCAAAAAUAUUGAAUCAAAUCCAUUUUUUAUUCGUUAAGGUUGCCCCAACUUCCGACAAGGCACCUCCAUUAUGUGCCGACAAGUCACCUUCCAUUCCGGAAAUCCCACAAACAGACAUUGAGGUUGUCUUCAAAACAAACGAACAAGUUCAGACUACUGCCUAAAAGUCAAAACAUACAUUGUGCAGAUCUUCGAAAGGACCACCUGGUACCCUCUUGUAACUCUUCCUUCCUUCCUUCCAUUCAUCUGUUCUUUCUACUAAGCUUUUCUCCAUUUUUAUGCAUACCUAAAAUCUUCCAAUCAUGUAUAUCAAUUUAUCCGAAUUAGCUUUGUUUUGGAAUCCUGCAUAGUUCUGUUCUUUUCUUGAAAGUUCAUGAAACUUGGAGUUAAUGGGCAAACAUGUGCAAGGACGUGAAAAACACAAGUCGGUAAAUUUGUUCGGCUUUGACCACAUAUUGGUUCCUUCAUCCUCGGAUCACAACCUAGUAAAUGGUAUUGAAUUCAGGGAUCUAAUUCAAAAUCUUCCAGAUAAGACUCUGUAUACAUUGGAUGAUAUUGGCACGGAUGUCAGCGAAGCUGUACUCAAUUACAUAAGCCAGAUGCUUAUGGAAGACGAUGAUGAUGACCGGGAAAAUCGGUCCGGUUUGAUCGAGUACAGCUUGGCUCUCCAAGCAGCUGAGAAAUCCUUGUAUGAUGUCCUUCAUAACCCACAUAGCAUAUGUGAAAAUGUUGAUACCCCAGAUGAUGAUUUCACUAGGACUUGCAGUAGUCCCAGGGUUAAUAACAGUUUUGCAUCUGUUGACAGUAUAAUUGGUGAUUCCAACUCGAUCAGUGAUCGGAAUAAGCUUGGAUCUUCUAGUGUUCAUCGCAACUUGGACUACGCCAUGCAGUCAAAUUCAAAAACGAUUAGUUCUUCGAGUGUUUCUCGUGGGAUAGUGGACUCUCUUGUUAGUUCGUUUCAGGUUUUAGAUCCAUCUAAGGUGAGCCAAGCCAGCUCACGGUUGACACGCAUACUCCCAGAGGAAGAACACGAGAAUAACAUCUUAGAGCAAAAUGAAAAGACUCCAACAAUACUGUCUGAGGCUGAGAAGAAUUUGGGGGAGCCCUUAAUGUGUCGAUCAAGGGGAACGAGAAAUCAUUGCAACGAGGAUGGUGAUUGUUCCGAACUGGACAGGAGUAACAAGCAGUUGGCCGGUUAUGAUGAAGACUCCAAUGAGCAAUCCUUGAUGUAUGAGGUGUUGCUUUGUCCUGCAAUGAAUCCUCAUUUGCACAAGGAGGAGUCCUCAGCCCGUACACUUUGUGGAGCCUCAAGUAGUGGAUUGGGUGGAAAGCAGCAGAAGAAUGGGCAGUCAAAAGGAUCAAGUGGACGAAAGGCACGUAGUAAGAAUCAAGGCAAUAGGAGGGAAGUGGUGGAUCUUGUGUCUCUCUUAACUCAGUGUGCACAAGCUGUGGUUUUUGAUAGCAUAACUGCCUAUGAACUGCUGAAGCAGAUCCGGCAACACUCUUCUCCUAAAGGCAAUGGUACUGAAAGAAUGGCCCAUUACUUGGCAGAAGCCCUUGAGGCGCGCCUCGCUGGCACUGGGAGAGCGUUGGAUGCAUCAUUUUUGAGCAAGAGGCUAACAGCUGCUGAAUCACUAGCAGCUUACCUGGCAUAUGUUAAAGCAAGCCCUUUCAGAAAGAUGUUGAAUUUCUUCGCAAACAAGAUGAUUUGGAAACUCUCCGAGAAUGCAACGAGGAUUCACAUAAUUGAUUUUGGAAUCAUACAUGGCUUUCAAUGGCCCGGCCUUUUUCAGAAUCUUUCCCAGAGGCCCGGUGGGCCUCCUAGUGUUCGUCUUACUGGCAUAGACUUUCCCCAACCCGGUUUUCGGCCAGCAGAAAGGGUUGAGGAGACUGGACGUCGCUUAGCCUAUUAUGGUGAAAGAUUUAAUGUCCCAUUUGAGUUCAAUGGUGUGGUAAAGCAAUGGGAUACUAUUAAACUUGAGGAUCUCAAGAUUCAGAGAGAUGAGGUGCUUGUUGUCAAUUGUUUGAACCGAAUGAGGUACGUCUCUGAUGAUGUGACAGUUGACGCGGACAGUCCAAGGGAUGCCGUUCUGAAAUUAAUCAACACUCUUAAUCCGGAUUUGUUCAUCCAUGGCAUUGUUAAUGGGUCAUACAGUGCCCCUUUCUUUGCCUCACGUUUCCGGGAGUUACUUUUCCACUCACAUGCAGCCUUUGAUAUGUUUGAUGCGAUUUUACCGCUUGAACACGAAGGGAGGAUGCUGUAUGAAAGAGAUGUCCUUGGGCGGGCUGCAAUGAGUGUUGUCGCUUGUGAGGGUACUGAGAGGAUUAUAAGGCCAGAGACAUAUAAGCAGUGGCAAAUUCGGAGUACAAGGGCUGGGCUCAAGCAACUCCCACUCGACCAUGAUAUAGUUGAGGAUGUGAGGGCUAAAGUCAAGUUGGGUUACCACGAGGAAUUUGCAGUGGACGAGGACAGCAACUGGAUGCUGCAGGCAUGGAAGGGGCGAGUCCAAAGUGCUGUCUCCUGUUGGAAAGCUGCUCAAUAAAUGAAAAUGAGCAAUAUCUACUGAUUAGACUAAAUAAAUAUGGUUCUCAAGCAAUUCAGGAAUUUGUAACCUCUACAGUGGUACUUCUUCUUUUCCAAUCAAGUAUUUCUCUGAUUUUGUGUGCAUUCUUGUGCGGUCUGAUAUACUUUAUUGUGAUAAUUGCAUUGUCUUGUUUUUGUUUUAUCACUUAUACAUGUAUUUUUAUUACACAAUGGGAAACUUUAUUGGGUAUUUGGUUGAUUUUUU